UACUUUACGUGUUCUUAUAACGCUGUGUUUAAAUGGCGAGGGGAAACAUUUCAAGCCUCUCUGUCUGUCAGUUACAGCUGAGCAGCUAAUCCCUCCAUGACCUCUCCGAGCUGGGAAGCUGAACGAAUAGCCUACGGGGAUGAGCACGGAAACAGAAACAGCAAUUUUGAGCACCUGAAGUUAGCAUUCAUCCAGGUAGGCUAAUUUAACUGUCGUUGUAUUAUGGGGGAGCUGAGAUCCACGUCUCCUGCGCCUCGUUUGGACCUGACCAACUUGAACUCGGCCGAAGCAAAGUGGAGUCGGUAUGUUUUAACGAGUCCCCGCUCACUGGAGUCCUGUACGCGACUCGGUGUCAAACCCGUUGCACUUCUGAUUAAAUCGCUAAACGAGUUGAUUGCUGAGCAGCACGACGUGCCCUUUGAGGCGAUGAGAGCUAUGCAUGAAUCCUACGAAAAGGAGAGAAUAAGGCUUUUACAAAUGUGCCGAGAAGAGAGGGAGAGGAUUAUCCGGGCGGCUGGGGACAGGUGGCCAGGCAGUAAUAAAGUGUCAGGGCCUGACACCAAACUGAAGGAUCACUCCAGGGACAGACAGACAACGGAGUCCAUCCCGUAUGCAGAUCUGUGCUUUAAAGGGAAAUCUGCAAGCAGGUCCUCCUGUUCUCACAGAGACCCAGAGCAGAGCACAGUCUGCAGCUUCAGUCUGGGAGACCUCAGACACACCCCAGCUACUGAGAUGAAACUGGAAAGGCUCACCGAGGACAUUAAAAAGGAGAUGUGUGUUACAGUACCAGAGAGAGACCGCAAGAUAGCAGCUCUCAUGUUGGUGAAGCACCAGGAGGAGCAGGCUUCCCUGAAGCUCUGUCAGCAGGAGGAACAGGAGCGGCAGGAGGCCCGCAGGCAGGAGGAGGCCCAGCGGGCUCAGGCAGAGAAAACGAGGAGGAAGAAGCUGAUGCAGAGUAUGCAACGCUGGCACGAGGAGCUGGAGGACCGCCGGAGGCUGAGGGAGCGUCGGGAGACAGAGAAAGCGGGACAACAUGAGCUGGAGGUGCUGCUGCAAGAAGACCGCUGGAGGAGGAUGAAAGAGGAGGUGGAGGGACAACGCAGACAAAGGAUAGAGGCUGCACAGAAAGACGCAUGGGGUCGCAAACGCUACCAGGAGAAGCUGCUGAGGGAGAAGGAGGAGAUGGAGGAAAGAGAGCGAGAGAGGGAGAGACAGGUAGCAGCGGAGAAGGAGCAGAAGGCCAGGAGGAGCAAAGGGUGGCAGGAGAAGAAGGAGAGGAAGAGGCUGCAGGAGGAAAAUAGUAGAGAGCUUCUACGACACAUCCUGCUGAAACACCAGGUAGAGCAACAGGUGGAGGAAGAGGGGGAACAGAUGAGGAGCAAGCUGGAGAAGAAGCUGCAACACUCGUGCGAGAAACGUGCGCAGGCUGUAGAGGCCCGGCUGAGGGAGCAGAAAGAGCGGGCAGCCCGCGAAGACGAGCAGAUUCAGAGAGUGCAGCAGAGGGCCAAGCUGCAGAGCUUCCAGCAGCUCACACACAAAAAAAUCCUGGUCCAGCUGAGCCAGCGGCGCAUGGAGAGAGCCGCCCUGCAUGCCUCGGCCCAGCAGAGGAACAGAGCUCAGCAGACACAUCGACACAACGAACACAGGCAGCUGUGCCACCAGAGGCUGAGAGAGAGGAUACAGAGAGAGGAGGAGGCGAUGAGGAGGGUCAGAGAGAGCUGCAUCUUCAUGAAGGAUUGGAGGAGGGAGAGGCUGUGGAGACAGCGGGAGCAGAUACAGGAGGAGGCGCACAGGCUGGCCCGGGCCUCCUUUCACAUGAGGGAGAGAGUGAGACAGCAGACACACAGUCGGACCUUUGAUCAGAUGGCUCUGGAGGCUCAGCUGACUGCCUCCAUGAGCCGCAUCAAACUAUGAAAGAAAUUGUGAACUCUAGGGCUGGGUAUUGUUCAAACAACUUUGAUACCGGUUCCUGAACAAGACCUUUUUGGACACCAAUUUUAUCAAAUCCAUCUUAACAAAAAGAAAUGACAACAUUACGGCACUAAUCUUUUUUAUUUAUUUUUCAGCCUCUACUACGUGAG